AUGGUCAGCGGACACGGCUUUGGCCUGCAGUAUCUUCCUCGGGGUCUCCUCGGAGGUGCUCCGACUAGCGAGCUCCCAGAAGCUGCUCUCUCUGUUCCUGCAAGCUUCGAUGCCUUCCUGGGCUGGGAUUGCUGGGCUAGAUACACUGAAUUCUCCGCAAUAUUGGGACACCUUGGGGACGGCCCCGGGGUGAUGAUCGUUCCGCAAACUCGCCAUUACCCCACACUAAGACCUUCUUCCGUGCAGAGCUCGCCAGUGAGGCCUCGGAAUGCCCCCUCAGGGCUGUUCCCCGCAUAUGCGUGGGAUCAAACUGGCUUGAGUGAGAAUCAGGGUCAGUCCGCUGAUCCCGCAUUUUCUUUUCAAUCACCGCCGCCGUCUUCCGAUGGGGUUGACUACAAAUAUCGAGUCCUCCCCCGGGGGGACCUUCCAGCUGAUCAGAAUGAAAGCCUGUCAUUCCAACCCCUGACCCCUUCGAAGCCUCAACUCGAUGGACCUUUGAUAGAAUAUUCGUAA